ACCUGUUAAGUCAGCAGUGCUCCCGUGUGUGUAGAUUUCUUAAUGUGGGGGUUCCUGGCUUCCGAAAAUCCGAGAAAAAUCGGUGAGAAGAGCACGAGUUUUCGCCUCCUGCAGCCCCGCACAAAGCAACGUAAACAUGCCGGGCAAUGGCGGGAAGUGUGUGGCAGUGCGCAUGUGCGGGCGGAUGAUUGACAUGCGCGAAUGGCGGCCGUUAUUUCCCCCGUGCAGCCGGCGGGAGGGUGUGGGCUGUUUACAUCUCCUAACGCGCUCUAAGAAAACCUGUCCGCCUCGGCUGUACCAAGGAUCGACAUCUUUUACGUCCAACUGGCGGAUUACUGGAGUGAAUCUACGACAAUCGACCGAAAACUAGUUAAAAUUUUAAGAAAUUUGCCGGAUCGAAUGUCACGUGAUUGUUCCUGACCAAUGGGAUGGCGGGCUCGUGACGCCGACGCUGGCGAACUACGUGUGAUGUGUGGCGUGUUUCAUUUUUCAGGCCGGCGCCGCCGCCAGAAAGUUGGCCUUCAGCUGCGUUCCGUUCGGGAGGAUACCGCCAGAAUCUCGCAGUGUGUCAAAAGAGACAGUGUAGGCUAGAAAAGAGGAGAAAACCGAGAGAAUUAGAAGAUUUUUAAGCAAAAUUUUGUCUCCAGACGAUCAUGUGAUCGCUCUGGACCAAUAGGAGUUAGCCCUGUCGCCUGUGUAGUAUAAAUAGGGUGUUGUUGUGCUGGGUCGCCAUUACGGACUGUGGAGCUGCCUGCCGUGUCUCUUUGCAAUCCAGCCUGCGGAAUGGACGGCAAGAGCCAUCCGGCUUGGCAGAACUUUCAGCAGCCAGCACACAACAUCCAGUCAGGAUUGGACCACCUCAGCCACUCAGCCGGGGAAGCAGACAGCUUAGGGGACGGUGCUGUGAAUGGUAUGAACAGUCCGACUGGCCCGGGAAAAAGAGUACGCAGGCCGUCCACCAUGUAUGCUGAGGGAUACGAAACUAGCGAAUCAAAGCAGGCUGCUAAGAAACCAGGCCGCAUGACAAACCAGUUGCAGUAUUUGUUAAAAGUGGUGAUGAAAGCAGUAUGGAAGCACAACUUCGCCUGGCCCUUCCACGAGCCUGUGGAUUGGGUGAAGCUGAACAUACCAGACUACCCGAAGAUAAUCAAAACUCCUAUGGACCUGGGAACCAUCAAAAAGCGAUUGGAGACCAACUACUAUUACAGUGCCAAGGAGUGUAUUCAAGAUUUCAACUUAAUGUUUACCAAUUGUUACGUUUACAACAAGCCAGGAGAGGAUGUAUAUCUCAUGGCCCAGACGCUAGAGAAGCUCUUCCUGCAGAAAGUGGCCCAGAUGCCUCCAGAGGAGGUGGAGGUGGCAUCACAACAGAAGCCUGCGGUACAACCCAAGGGCAAGAAAGGGCCGCGCAAGGGACCCAGAGUACAAGCUGCCCAGUCGACGGCAGUCCCAGUGCUGAACGCGCAGCCUCCAGUAACGCAGCCUCCUGCGCCGCCACCCGUCGUGGCCCCUCCCCCGAUCGUCCCCACCACAGCCCCCCCUCCUCACAUCCCCACAGACCUGAGUCUACCCCCCCAGCCCGUCCAGCACCCCCCACCCCCUCCCGUUGUACAGCCGCCCCCCACGAGAGCACCCCCUGCAAGAACGCAGCAGCCCCGGCCACCGCCCCCCCUGGAGCAGCCGCCACCCCCCCAGCCGAUACAGAUGCCCCCCCCAGACGCUACCCCAGGGGCCGUCCACUGCACCGGCUCCCAUUAUCUCACAACCUGGCCAGGCCGUACCCACCAAGCAAUUGUUAAUCAGCAUGAUCAUGCCGAGCUUGAGCAGACUCCCUCCUGGCCUCUACCACUCAUGGGCAGAGCCACUGGGCUAAGGCCUAGUCAGAAGGUAAAGAAGGGCGUGAAGAGAAAAGCGGACACCACAACGCCCACCACCAUCUCCACGACAACGGGCAGCGAAUCGUCGCCCUCGACAACCGAGCCCAGACCCGCAAAAAUCCCUCCCGUCAGGUGGGAACCAGAUCAUCCCAAAGCUUGGAGAGAAAGUGGUCGACAGAUCAAGCCGCCUCGGAGAGAACUCCCCGAGACGGAACAGCACAGCUCCAAGAAGAAGGGAAAACUGUCUGCUCAGCUCAAGUACUGCCAGGGCAUCAUCAAGGAAAUGUUCGCCAAGAAACAUGCGGCAUAUGCUUGGCCAUUCUAUGAACCCGUGGACGCUGACUUACUGGGCCUACACGACUACCACGAAAUCAUCAAACAUCCCAUGGAUCUGGGAACAGUAAAGAAAAAGAUGGACACUCGGGAGUACAAGUCAGCGCAGGAGUUUGCAUCAGACAUGAGAAUGAUCUUCAGCAACUGCUACAGAUAUAAUCCUCCGGAGCACGACGUAGUACAAAUGGCCAGAAAAUUACAAGAUGUGUUUGAAAUGAAGUAUGCCAAAAUGCCGGACGAGCCGCCGGACCCUGAGCCGCAGCCCCUGCCUGUGCCGCCCCCCGCAGCCGAACCCGAACCCAACACUUCCACCAGCAGCAGCAGCAGCGAAUCCUCCUCCGACUCUGACAGUACUGACUCUGAGGAGGAGCGGGAGGCCAGGUUACGGGAACUACAAGAUCAAGUGAGUGUCUGUGAUCUGAACAUGCUGCACACCAGGCCCUGGCAUCAGUUAAGAGCGGUACACGAGCAGCUUAGCGCGUUAUCUGAAGCGUCUCAACAACACAAACCACAUAAAAAGAAGAAAGAAAAAGACAAGGACAAAGAAAAGGACAAAGACAAAGAAAAGGACAAAGACAAGGACAAGGAAGACAAACACAAGAAGAAGAAGAAAAAGGAGAAGGAUAAGAAGGAGGGAGAAGUGGUCCCUGUUAAGAAAGACGUUCCCGCCCCCGCUCCUGUUCCCCCGCCACAGCCACCUCCUAAACAGCCCAGAAAAACACAGCCCAAGAAAACCAACAGCAGAGUUGGGCAGGCAAGGAAACAACCAAGUAGACAAUCAUCGAAGAAAAGUAAAGCACAGACCACGACGGCGCCAGCUUACGAGAGCGAGGACGAGGAUCUGUGCAAGCCGAUGACUUACGACGAAAAGAGGCAGCUGAGCUUGGAUAUCAACAAAUUACCAGGUGACAAGCUGGGGAGAGUAGUACACAUCAUCCAGUCCAGAGAGCCGUCAUUACGAGACUCCAACCCUGAUGAGAUAGAAAUAGACUUCGAAACCCUCAAACCCUCCACCCUCCGAGAACUAGAGAGAUAUGUCAUGAGCUGUCUCAGGAAAAAGCCCAGAAAACCUUAUGCGAAACGUCCGCAGGGCAAGACAAAGGAAGAGGUGACCAAACAGAAGAAGGAGGAACUGGAGAGGAGGCUGCAGGACGUCAGCGGGCAGCUGUCAUCCGCAAAGUCCAAGGUGGCAAAGAAAGAGAAAGAGGCUGCUGCCAAUGCUGAAGCGGGCGGUCCCUCGCGACUGAGCGCGAGCAGUAGCAGCUCGUCCGACAGCGAUAGCAGCAGCACCUCCAGCGGAUCAAGCUCCUCCGAUAGUAGCGACUCUGAGUCAGGGCCAACACCAAAGAAGCAACGCACAAAUUCCGGAAAAGAGAACAAGUCAAAGAAAUCCAGCUCUUCCAAGGAGAAAACUCAGGGUGCCCCCACCCCUGUGGUGGCCCCCCUCCCCCCUGCCCCUCAGGCGACAGCCCCAGCCCAGCCAGUAGCCAUGCCACCAGUACAGCCAACUGUCCUCCCUCCCGUACAACCUCCUCCUGCUGUACAACAUCAGCACCAACCUGUACCUGUACAGCAACCUGUUGCACCUGCGCACCACGCCAGCCUGCCCCCCCAGCCCAGCAGACCUAGUGCCAAGGCUGCCCCCGCUCCUCCCAAACCUGUCACCAUCAGACCUCCGACUACACAGCUGCAGCAGCAACUCAGGCCUCCAGUGACCUCCCCACCGCCACUGGCCAGCCCACCUCCACUUAUCGACAACAGAAGUUUCCCCCAGAUGCCUUUACCCACCCCCCCUCCCGUGUCCGUCCCCCUAACCCAACCCCCUCCCCUGGCCACCCAGGCCCCCCCUCCCAUACCCUCACAGAUCGAGCAGCUCCUAGCCGCCCCCAGACACCCCCCCUCCUACGACCAGACCAACCCCCCCGAGGUGAAGCUCCCAUCCCCCCCCUCCAGCUGCCCCCCCUCCCCGUACCAACUGGAGAAGAAGCAGGAGAGUCGAGUGGAACCCCCCCAUGUCCAGCCUCAGGGGGCUCCCCAGGGGGUGCACAGGUUGGACAUGUCUGGUCUCUCCCCCUCCCCACCAUCCUCUGUACCCUCAGCACCUGUGUCAAGACCCCCUCCUGCGCCGACUGGGAGCACAAACGGUGUGUCCCACCCGAAGUCCCAGCCUGAAGGUCCCAGUAAAGCUGACCUCAGCAGUAACCCUGCCACACCGCCUCCCUCAGCUGUGGCGCAGUCUACACCGCAGCAGAAAAAGGACUUCAAGGCGCGAAACGUGAACCCCUGGGCCAAGCUGGCGAACCAGAGCGCUCGGCCGAGUGUGAACAAGUCCACGGCUGCAAACAGCUUCGAGAUGUUCAGGAAACAGGCAAGGGAGAAGGAGGAAAGGGCGAAGAUGCUGAGACAACAGGAGGAGCACAGACAGCAGCAGAGGGAACAGGCUGAACGGGAGAGACUCAGGCAGGAGAGGGAGAGACUGAGGGAGCGUGAGGAGGAGGAGAUGCUAGAGCGAGCCCGGCGUUCCCAGGAAGCGGCGCGGAGGCAGCAGAGUGAGGAGCGACGUCGUCAGGACGAGGAACAGCGACAGAAGGACGACGACCAGGAGCGGCUGGAGAGCGAGCGGCAGAAGAUGGCGGCGCAGCGGGAACGCGAGCGACGCAAGGAGCAGGAGAGACGGCGACGAGAAGCUAUGGCUGGUGGCAUUGACAUGAACCAACAACACGACAUCAUGGCGUCCUUCGAAGAGAUGAUGUGAGAAACAAAGUCGCGUCCGCUACAGUCGUGUCUCUCAACGAAACAACGAUCUCUCCCUCCGCUACAACUUCCAACACCUCGCUGUCCAUAACAGAAGAAACCAACAUGGUGCAGGUCUUGGGUCGGCCGAAUACGGGCAGCGUUCUUACCAUAAAAACUGCGGGCGCUCUCUCUCUAACUCUGCUGUAAAGUUUUGACAACGGCUGCAUAGUCUGAACACCUUUAUCUGGUAUGGAUAUACCUCGGCGUUGCUAUCAAACUGUUGACAUAAUAACCAUUAUAAAACAUGGUGUUAGUCCUGUAAAGUAUGUGGCCACAGUGUUGACGGUGUCGUCAGAAUUUGGGUCGGCGUCCGACCGUUAAAUAUUUCUCAAGGCUUCGGCCUAAAUUUAUUCCUACAAUACAGCCAUCAUCUUGUUGAUAAGUCAUAGAGAAAUAUUCCCCACUCACUGCGUAUUCUCUCUCUCUGUAUCUCUCUCUCUUUGAGAUUUUGUGGUUCUAUUUUGUAACUUCUCAACGGCAUGUAAAUUUAGCUGCUGUAUAAAAUGUUGCUUCUAGUGUUAGUACACCCCCCUUACCUUAAAUAGACCCCCCCCCCUCUCGGGGAGAAUGAAGACCUUUUCCAGGCUUGAUGGGAACAGCCCAACACUGUAAAUACCUCAUUUCGCUCGUUCUUUGAAGAGAUAUGCAAGAAUAUAUUGUUAUUAUGAUAAUACCCACUGGCAUGUUGCAUGUUUGUUGAGUGCAAAAAAACAAAGUGGUGAGAAGUCCAGGGUUGUAAGAUUGAAUAUUGAGGACGGUACGAAAGUCUGCAACUAACUGUACAGUCCGGAGCUAAGAUUGGGACGUUCUUGUGAAUUCCUAACAUAGCCAGCUAGCGUCGUCCAUGUACAGUUUAAAUGGAUUUUGUCUACCAGUAGAGCUUCCUUGCUCUAAGAGAGGCAUUUUGAAAAGUGCUUUCUUUGAGUUAGAAGCAAGGUGCAACUGCUAUGUGUAAGCAAAAAAGUGGCUGAUAGUAAAAAAUAAAGUAGUGCCAUAUUUUCUCUUGUAUAAAGGUGGCUGUUCAACUUAAAAGCCGAGAAAAAAGAGUAUAGGUGGAAUAAUUUUUGUUUCGUUACGUUUUUUUUUUACAUGUUUUUGUUGAUAUUUUUUGAUGGGGAUGUUCGCUUGUGUUACAGCAUUUUCAACGCCCUACCAAACAGUUGCAUGCUAUCUUGUUAUAUAAAAUGUUGUGAGGGAAAUAAAAUAUAGUAUUCUUCCUGAGAAAAUAAAAAAGUGUUGUCCGGAGAAAGAACAUUCCAUGGUAAGGUUCUGUAAUAAACUACGUUAUGUCACUCUGACAUCCCCGACAACUCUACACUUACAUAGCUGAUCAUUUAGCGUCUUUUCAAUUUCAAUUGUACAGAAAGUAAUGUAUGUGAAUUAAUUAAUUCUCCCUUCAUUUUUGCAACUUUGUGUACAGUUUUUCAUCUUUUAUUACGAUACUAUAAUUGACACGAUGACUAGGGAAGGUUUGCCAAAAUUGUAUUCGAGUCCCAAGAACUAUUAUUGUGGAAGUGGUGUGCAGUCUGUAGCUAUUGAGUAGCUGCGGCUGCGAGGGUUUAAAAACACUGCAGGGCUCUAGCUUUGUCAGUACUUAUGUAGGACCAGUGUUUUUCUGUGUAUGAUCAAUGUAUUUAAGUGGCAUGGAUGCCCCAGGUUACAAAUGUACAACAAAUUGUUGAAUAAAGCACAAUCAAACUGCA